UUACGAAAGUGAUUUCAAGGUUUUUUUAAUCGUUCAUGAGUCAAAGUAUAAACGUGGUAAUACACUAUACAAAUUUAUUGACCCUGACAUUGUAUUAACACUACCUUAAAUAAAUUUAUAUACGCAGUUUUCAAUCCUGAAUUCACAUUAAAAGCAUAAAUGGCAUAUCAAAUUGUUAUUGCUUCUUCGUGUCAACGAUGAAUCUUAAAACAGAUGCACCGGAAUGUACAGAAAAUGAUAAUUUAUUAGAAAAUCGGAACGAUUCUCGUAUCGCAUGUUGUUCAGUACCAUCAGACGAAUCAAAUCAAAGGUAUAAUCAUAAUCAUUAUUAUCAUCACCAUCAUCCACAUCAUAAUCACCACAACCAUAGACGUCAACAACAAAGAUAUCAACAAGAUAAUUGUAAAAGUGUAGUAAGUUAUGAGAAAUCGAAUCGAAAGGGGGGUGGUGGUGGUGGUGGUUGUCCAAUCGGGAUCGUUGAUGGUUCGAGUCACGAUGUCAGCUCUUCAGCAACUCUUCCAUCGAUCGUCGUCAGCGACAUAGACGAGAACGAGGAGGAUCCACCGCCUUACAGUGCGAUUGUGCCACCGGAUCACGUCGGCUGGCCGUUCGUCUUCUCGACCCACAUCCCGUAUUCCGUGCACGCAACGCAACCCUGCAUAACAGAGCCGCCUUUGGCGCCCUUCCAGACACUACCCCUAACUCAAGCAUCGCCACCCACCGUACCUCUUCCACUACCACUACCAUUACCGCUACCACUACCACUAUCGCAAUCACAAUCACUAGCAUCAACAUUACCAGUACAAGCAAUAUCCUCCCUCCAGCAACCACUCACAACAACGACCAACCGAAUCGAAAACCCUUCCUCCCUCGAUCACCCCACCCCAAGCCUAUCUUUAACGCCUUACCGGUUUUUUAAGUUUGGCUCUCCUCGAUCCAUCAUAGGCCACCAUCGUUCUUCGAAUUUCACCGAUAAUCCUCCCAACGGUAAACAGGUUCAACGAAACUCUAGAAGAUACGGAGGAAUACUAAUUGCGGCUGCUGUCAUUGUUUUUCUAAUGGUAUUGUCCUUGAUGGUUAGAUUUAUAAUGGAAAGAAGUUUCUGGAAAAGGUGAUAGCGUUAAAUAAAAUAACAAGACGAAAAAAUAUGAAGUAGGUGAAAGAGAGUAAUGUAAGAUAUGCAAAUUAGAAUAAGUGUCAUACGAUAAGUCUACGUUUGCAAGUUGUUUCGUUUUGUUUUCUUGAAAAUUUCUUAUUUAUCGCAUUAGAUUAUUAGAUCGAAUGAAAUUUGAGAAACACGUAAUGAUCAUUUUUAUUCAUAUUUCAUCGAA